AUGAUUGUUACUCUUUUACUGUUGAGUUUUCUGCUACCAAGCACUCUUGCUGCUCCCCGCCUCAAACCGAGAGGCUGUCAAGUGAACAAACUUCCCGUCAGUCUUACUGGCGCCUACAUCGACCGGAACAACAAGAACAACGUAUCCUUCCGCUUGUAUUCCCAAGACAUGGAGACCCGAUGUCCCCCACUCAACAAAGACCCCCAGAAGAAGACUGCCAAAGCUUUCACAUCGAAAAACGUUUACGCGUGCGCGAACCCCAGUGUCACUUUUAGCUACAAUGGCGACAACGGCCAGCUCCAGAUCUGGAUCAACAACGACCAAGGCUCUUUUGGCGGUUCUGUCACUAUUUCGAAUCCCUCGCCGGAAGUCAUCUCCACAACCCUCAAAUGCCAGAAUUGA